UCUAGCGCAAACUUACGUCGAAAACGCUGACGAUUUGGAAUCCCUACGUAAGGAGAACGCUCAGCUCCGAGAAGAGGUACAACUACUCAAAUCUAUAGUCAUAAGUUUAGAUCGCAAAGUAUCUCAAAACCAAAACGACAUUGUCGAUUUGAAGUCAAGAUCCAUGAAAUACAACCUCAUGAUCCACAAUUUAGCAGAGGAAGACGGAGAGAACCUCUUUGUCAAAAUACCAAAACUAAUAAAAGAACACUUUGGAAUAAAUACCGAAUUCAGCAACAUCCACAGGAAUGGUUGGAACAAACAAGACAAGACAAGACAAGACAAGCCACGCUCUAUCACAGGCAAACUCAUUAACUUUUCUGAUAAAGAGAAAAUUUUGAGCGCACAACGAGAGAGGAAAGACAGAACCCCGAAACUGCCAUUUUUCAUAACCCCACAACAACCCAUUCAAAUAACUGAAAACCGCAAAAAGUUGAUCGAGGUGAGUAACAAGUACAAAGAAGAUAACGUCCGCACACGUAUCCUGGGAAAUAAACUUGUUUUCCAAAACGGAACAGUCUAUCGAGACAAAGUCAUGAAACCAAGAGCAGAAGACAUCCUCCUGAUAGACGAUGACGAGAAACAGAAGACCGAGUCCCUAGAAGUCGUGAGUAGUGAUCCGGUUACUGAAGCAGGUAACAAAUUUACCGCAACAGCUGCCGCAGUCAAUACUUACGCGAACAUCCGAGCCUUCUACAAGAAAGUAGUGAGCGUCCCAGACUGCGCCAGAGCGGAUCACAACAUUCUUGUGUACCGAUUUCGAGAUAAAUCUGGCCUGAUCCACGAGGACUACCAGGAUGAUGGCGAAUACGGCGCUGGUCGCAAAAUACUCGGUGCCUUGCGCGACAACAACAUAGAGAACGCGGCCGUCGUUGUCACUAGACUCUUUGCAAAACACGUUGGAUUGCGGCGCUUCUCCAUUAUGGAAAAUGUAGCGAUUGAUGCACUGCGCAAACUGAGUGAUUAAUUGGUAUACUUUACUUGGGUGAGAUACUGACAAAACUAUUACUUUAUUUUUGUCUACUUAAUUGUAUUCACAUGCACUUCUAUUGCACAAACCAGACUUCGAAUGCCUCGUGCUGAUAUUUAAAUCUUAUUUAUUUAUUAUUUUAUUUACAUACUUAUAUUAUUUAUAUGUAUAUAUAUACAUAUAUAUACAUAAUCUUGUAUCGAUACAGGUAUCAUUUAUUUAAGUUUAUCAUUAAUCCGGGAUUUUUAGUUCCCCAUCUAUACCUACUCGGUCUGCCUUUUCGGAUAUCCGAGCUUCUAUUUUUGGUUUUUUUUUAUAGUCAUGUUGAUGUUUCCGAUAUUGAGUAUACACAUGUUUUGUGUUCUGUAACGGCAUACACAUUUAUCAGGAAUAUUGAAUUGGUAAAGCUCAAAUAAAUAUUCAACACGACAUUAUCAAGUAAGUCGCAGAGCUACAUUUAAAAUGUGUCAUAUACAUUUUGUUGUAAAUAUUCUCUUCUUGUUAAUUUUUCUUUCCAUCUCUUUUUGCACCCCCUUUCCGUUUUUGUUUGUAUUGGUUCAAUGUCUGGUAUGUAGACAUAUUAUCCUCAACAUUUAUGCAUUUAUUCAAUAUUUUUUAGUAAAGAAAACACACAACAAUAUCUAUGAAUCAGAAUCUUAAUUUUUCUCUACUUUCUUUAAAUGUCAAUGGUCUAGGAGCUACCUUAAAAAGAAACUGUGUCUUUAAUUGGUUAAAGUUAAACUACAAAAAUCAUUUUGUUUUUUUACAAGAAACCCAUACCACACCAAGUGUUGUCCCCACGUGGGAAAAAGAGUGGGGUUCCAGAAUAUUGUUCUCACAUGGUUUAUCAAAUAAAUGUGGUGUAGCAAUCUUAACACCUCAAAAUUUAGAUUUUAAAGUUACGGAUACAUUCACUGAUGAGGAAGGACGAUUUUUAAAACUAACUAUAAACAUCAAUGAGACCCUCUUUUAUUUUAUCAAUAUAUAUGCACCAACUAAAGAUCAUAAAACUAAACAAAAUCAGUUUCUUGAUUUCAUGUUGAAUCAUUUGUCUGAAAUUUGUGAUGAAAAUAUUUUAAUAGGAGGAGACUUUAAUAUCACUUUAAACCCAGAAUUUGACAAAAAAGGAGGUACCAGUGAACCACAUUCUACUUAUAGAGAAAAUCUAAAAGGUUUUAUGGACACGCACGAUUUAGUAGAUAUCUGGAGAAGCCAGCAUCAUGAUGCUAAGUUAUUUACCUAUUUUCAAAAGAAACCGAUUAUUUUAUCAAGAAUAGAUUUUUGGCUAGUUCCAUCUUUCUUAUCCCCUUUUAUAAAAGCAGACAUUAAACACUCAAUUAGAUCAGAUCAUAGUCUUAUCUUAUUGCAAAUUAAUAGUGCUUCAAAUUCUAAGAGAGGGCCAGGCUUUUGGAAAUUUAAUGCCUCCUUACUGGAAGAUAAUGUUUUUGUAAAUCACAUGCAUGAAAAUAUAAAUACUCUAAAGCAAAAAUAUAAAGACAUGGAAGAUAAACAUCUUAAAUGGGAUUCUAUAAAAUGUGAACUCCGAGGAAUUAUAAUUAAAUACUCAAAAAUAAAAGCUGGGAAAGAAAGAGAAAGGGAAAAAGAACUAAAUAAAAAACUUGAAUCACAAACGCAGUUGAUUGUUUUACAACCCUCACCUAAAAAUCUCAAUCAGUACCAAGAAUGGAAAAAUGAAUUAGAAGAGAUAUAUAACAGUAAAACUAAAGGUAUCAUGUUAAGAUCUCAUGCAAAAUGGUGCGAAGAAGGAGAAAAAUCAACAAAAUAUUUUCUAUCCCUUGAGAAAAGAAAUUAUAAAAAUAAGCGUAUAGAUAAACUUGUAGUAAACAAUACAAUUCUGACAGAUAUAAAAGUUAUACUAGAAGAAGAAAAAACUUAUUAUCAGAAUUUAUAUAAAUCAUCUGAAAUAAAUGUAACUAAAAAUGAAUUAACCUUUUUCAAUAAUUUAAAUAUUCCUAGAAUAUCUGAACAAGAGACAAAGAAAUGUGAAGGUGAAAUUAAGGAAUCAGAAUGUCUUAAAAUUCUAUCCGACUUCAAACUUAAUAAAACCCCAGGAACCGAUGGCUUUCAGGUAGAGUUUUAUAAAUAUUUUUGGAGUGAUAUCAAAGACUUAGUUCUUGAAAGUAUAAAUUUCUCCAUUAAAAAAAAGUGUAUGUCAUAUGAUCAAAGAAAGGGUGUCAUCACUCUAGUACCCAAAAAGGAUAAAGACAGAACUAAUUUAAAAAACUGGAGGCCUAUAUCCCUUCUAAAUUUUGACUAUAAAUUAGUGGCAAAGGUGUUAGCUAACAGAAUCAUUGACAGUUUACCAAAAUUAAUUGAUCCUGAUCAAACAGGUUAUAUAAAAGAAAGGUUUAUUGGUGAAAAUAUCAGAACUAUUUCAGACCUUAUUGCAUAUACAAAUUUGAAAAAUAUCCCAGGCUUGAUUUUACUAGUAGACUUUGAAAAAGCUUUUGAUACAGUUGAGUGGUAUUACUUAGAAAAAGUUCUUAGUAUAUUUGGGUUUGGAAAUAGUUUUAAGUCAUGGGUCAAAAUUUUAUAUACUGAUAUUUCUAGCUGUAUAAUUAAUGAUGGAUACACCUCAAAUUUUUUCAAUUUAAGUAGAGGAGUAAGACAAGGCUGCCCUCUAUCACCAUACUUAUUCGUAUUAUGUGUAGAAAUUUUAGCAAUAGCAAUAAGACAAAAUAAAAACAUAAGAGGUAUCAAAAUAGGUGAAACUGAAUUUAAAAUCAGUCAACUUGCUGAUGAUACAACUUGUUUUCUUAGUGAUGAAGAGUCAGGUUAUGAAGUUCUCAACAUUAUGCAAAGGUUUUAUAAAUUAUCUGGACUAAAAAUAAAUUUGAAUAAAACAGAAGCAAUCUGGAUAGGAUCAAAAAGAAAUUAUAAACCAGGCACUCUGCCAGUAAAAUGGUCCAGAGGGGAAUUUUUCUCCUUAGGUGUUUGGUUCAAUAGUGAAAAUGAAAAUAACGCUGUCGACAAAAAUUUAAAAACCAAAUUAGAGGAUUUAAAAGUAACCCUUAAUCUUUGGAAAAUGCGUAAUCUAUCACUUUUAGGGAAAAUUUUAAUUGUGAAAACAUUAGCAUUGUCAAAACUUGUAUUCCUAGCCUCUGUCAUUCCAAUACCAGAAAACAUAAUUAAUGUAGUACAAAAAGAAAUAAAUAAAUUUAUAUGGAAUUCGGAGAUCCCUAAAAUAAAAUAUACUAUUAGCUGUCAAAAGUUAGCUGAUGGUGGACUAAAAGCUCCAAAUUUUGAAAUUCAAGUUAAAUCACUUCAAAUAAAUUGGAUCAAAAGAUUUUUUAGUGAGAGUGAUGCAAAAUGGAAAAAAUUAAUAAAUGCUUUUUUUAGUAAAAUAGAAAUUACUGAUCUUCUCUUAACAAGAUGUAGCCUGCCAAGUUUUCCAGCAAAGUUACCUACCUUUUAUUAUAAUAUAAUUACUUCUUGGAAAAUAUUUAGAAAUUGUAUGAAUGAAAUCAGUAUAAACCCACCCAUUUUUACAGAAUGCUUGUGGUUUAACAAUUUUAUAUGCAUCGACAAUAAAUCAAUCUUUUUUUCUGAAUGGUAUAAAAAUGGUAUAAUGUUUUUUAAAGAUAUUAUUAACAAUGAUGGUUCUUUCUUAACCUUAGAUGAGUUUUACGAAAAAUUUAAAUUUAAACCCUCUUUUCUUCAAUACAACAGUCUUCUUUCCUCUAUCCCAAAUAACUGGAAAAAACAUGUCAAAGACAAAACACAUCCUCCCCAUAGCGAAGGGAAUAUAAUGCACUCCUUGUCUGUUCAAGGAAAACUUAUACCAUUAAGUGAAUUAAAAUGUAAAGAUGCAUAUUGGAUUUUAAUUAACAGUUGUAAGGAAAUUACUCUCUGUAUUCAAAAAUGGUCAGAAAUAUUUGAAGUAGAAAUUCCAGUCUCUGAUUAUAAAAAGAUAUUUAAUUUACCUUUUCAGUGUUGCACACAAACUAACGCACAAUCUCUUCAGCUCAAAAUAUUACACAGAAUCAUAGUACACAACAAGUCGCUUUUUAAUAUGAAAUUGA